GCGCGUGGAGGCGGUCCAGUCCGCCUGGCGUUCUCUCGGCCGCGCUUCUCGUCGUCAGAAGCGAAGGGGGGACGCGAGCGAGCGGACGGACGCACGAGCGGGAGGCGCCUCCACGUCGGCUUCGACAGUGCGGAUUUCGACGUCUCGAGAGGAAUAGGAUGUCCAGAGAAGGGCACCCGACAAGACCGGACGACAGUCCCAACACGAGCGGAGGCAGCUCCGAUGUGGAGCAGCGGGAGUCGGCCGCGGCGGAGCCGGAGCGCGAGCCGGAGCGCGAGCAGGCACAGCCUAAAAAGAAGGAAACCAAGAUAUCGAGCAAGACGGCCGCCAAGCUGUCCACCAGCGCCAAGCGGAUUCAGAAGGAGUUGGCGGAAAUCACCCUGGACCCACCGCCCAACUGCAGAGUGGAGAGAGGACUUUGGAAGGCAUCUCCUCUGAUGAAGACUGUCAGCGCGGGACCCAAAGGAGACAACAUCUAUGAGUGGAGGUCAACCAUCCUGGGACCACCGGGCUCCGUCUACGAAGGGGGGGUCUUCUUCCUCGACAUCGCCUUCACGCCCGACUACCCGUUCAAACCGCCCAAGGUCACAUUCCGCACGAGAAUCUACCACUGCAACAUCAACAGCCAGGGUGUAAUCUGCCUGGACAUCCUGAAGGACAACUGGAGCCCAGCGCUGACCAUCUCCAAAGUGCUGCUGUCCAUCUGCUCGCUGCUCACCGACUGCAACCCUGCUGAUCCGCUGGUGGGGAGCAUCGCCACACAGUACCUGACAAACAGAGCCGAGCAUGACAGGAUAGCCAAGCAGUGGACCAAGCGGUACGCCACAUAGAUCUCCCGGUGCAGCCCCAGCCCCCCCCCUCCAAAGCGCCCUCACCUCCCCCACCUCGUGCUCCGACCCCCACCCCCACUCUGGAGAGCACCCCCCAUCCCCCUUGCUCCCUCCCUCACACCUUUUCUUUUUGUGAAAAGAACUGUCCUUUGUUCCUUGUUGACUUGAAAGCUUCUUUUUAUACAAAGAGCAGACUUGGAUUUUAUUUUCCAAUUUACUGAAUGUUGAAACUAGAAAAAAAUCUUGAUAUUAUUAUUAUUAUUAUUAUUAUUAUUGCUACUACUACCUAGAUGUGUGUAACGUGUUCUCCUCUUGAAGUGACGGCAGGAACAUUGCAAAUACCUUAUUUUUACCUUCAUGUGGUGUUCAGAAUGAGUGUUUUCCCUUCCUGUUUCUCUUUCCGUUUUUACUGAAGCCGCUAAUAGCGGGUGUGCGUAAGCAGGCUGACGAUUGAAGACUUUUGUUUUGUCGGACCUGCGGCACCCAAAUACACUAUGGAGCGCCACUCACUUUCUAAUUUUUUAUGUAUGUAUUUUUUUAAGAUGACGUUGAUGUUGACUGCAGAUGUUUUUUCUCUGUCUGUCGCGAGCCGUGAAAUUGCGCCGACUUCUCCGCUGCCUGCAACGUUUGACAACCAAACUAUUUGCUGUACACUUGCAUUAUGAAAGAGAUCAAUAAAACACUGGCCGGA